UUCGAAUUCUGUGUGGUUCAGUCGAGUGAUUUCAUUUUUCGGCAGCGGUAACCAUUAAAAUCAACGACCAAUUGGCCCAGCAUUAAACGCCCAGGAUGGCUGGAAUCAGUGGAAGUUGCCAGCCGCGUCUGCAGCUAUAUAUAUUCUUGUGCCUGCUGGCGUCGGUGUUUGCUUCAUUACCGGAGGAACUGAGAGGAGUUGCAGGACCUGAAUCGAGAAUGGAUGUUCUAGGACUCUCGCCGGGACAAAGAGUCCUGGCUGCAGUGCCUGCGUCAGGACGCACGAGUUUUUUGCUGUACCAAUUAGCUUUGGCCAUAAAUUCAGCCGCCGGCUUGGAAGCGCCGACGAUGCAGGAAGUGGAGGUGGUCGAUGUGGUGGAGACCCAGGAGCAGUUCCUGCCGGCGAGCCCGGAUCCCAACUGGCUGGCCGCCAUGGCGAAUGAGUUUCAGAGUGUGCCUGUGUACGAGACCUUUCCGGCGGACUUGCAGAACUGGCUGAUGGAUGGCUAUGGGAUCAGUGCCACGGAUUUCUACCACAGCUGGAGCAGAGCAGGAUUUGGCAGCAGGAGCAGCUCCCGCACCCAGCUGAUCUGUACGGCAGAUGGCCAGUGCUAUGAGGUCAACAAAAUCGUCACUGCCUGCUGUCCAUUCUGAGCAUCCAAUAAAGGCA